AUGAUACUUAAUGAAGAAUGUCGAAUGUCCACUACAUGCGACAAUAUGAAUGAUGUAAUUUGUGAACUUUGUCUUUCUUUAGGCGGUUCUGAUAAAACAGCUCAAUGGAAACAUGAAUGGAAUAAACAUGGUGUUUGUGCAGCAAGUGAUGAUUCAUUUAUAUUAAAUGAAUUGGAUUAUUUCAAUGUUUCACUUGGGAUAAAAUUGAAGAUGAAUUUAAUGAGUGAAUUGGCUUUAAUUGUACCGGAUGUUGUUCAUGAUCCAACACUGCCUCGAACAGAAGAUCAUAUAUGUCGUCGAUGCGGUAAACAAGAAGCUGUAUUUUUUCAAUCACAGACAUUGAAAGCGGAAGAAAACAUGCGUUUAUAUUAUGUUUGUACCAACGUUGAAUGUUUACAUAAAUGGACUGAAUAGAUAUUGUACAUAUAUAUGCUAUGAAAGGAAGUCCUGAAUAAGAACUAAACUUGUAAAAUAAGUAUUACGAAAGUUUUGAAUUUGAGUCAUUUACAUAGAACUUUACUUAUGUUCUUAUUGAUGGUCACCUACCUAACACGGGAGAUUCUCAAUUUAUUGACGUAUUUUGAUAUGAUGAUGAAGAGAACCAAUUGUUUUAAGCACAGUUGGCUCUUAAAUCGAUCGUUAUCUCUAACCGCCUCUUUACAUCUCGACAUAAUGCAAGCGAUGUAGC